UUUUGAAAAGUAUAUUCAAAGAGUAAUGAACACGAUUUCUUAACAAUACGUUUUUAUUACAUGGAAAACUAUUUGUGAGUGCAGAUAAGAUUUAACCGAUACAACCUAAUUCAAUGAGUACUCUUAAAGAUGACGACGUAGCUAUUAACUUGAAACUAUUAAAGCAGUGUCAAUUCUACCAGAUAUUUGAUCCUAGUGAAAUAAUGAUUUAUGGAUGGAACGUUCACCAGCUUUUUUAUAUUGUGUACACCGGGGUAGUCCAGUGUUUUAUAAUUUACGGAAGUGUGGGAUUAUUCAGUGAAGAUACUGACAACAAAAUCGACUAUUUCCUUAUUACUUUUACUAAUUUAAAUAUUCUAAUUUCUUUUUGGAGGUUGACCGUAUACUUGUAUAAUGCGAACAAAGUAUCGGACCUAUUCAACGUAACGCGAUAUGAUUUUUUCACAAGUGAACAGUGUGUUAAAUACAAAACUACUCUUUACAAUUAUCGUGAUAAAAUUAGACAAUUUACAAACUGGUAUGUAAUUUUAUCAAUUGUAGUCACGAUACAAUGGCUUAUGUUUCCGAUCGCAAUCAAUAUGUUGACAACAUCGGAAAAUUUAAAUGUUCGUUAUCAGAAUAUCUUGAACUUGAAUUUCGGCGUAACUGCUUACACUUAUAAUCAGUAUUUUGUAAUUUUUUACAUAAUUGAAGUUAAUUUAACAUUGUAUAUUGCAUACAUUUUUAUCAUGACAAAUGUAUUAUUAAUAUCAUUUUGUUCAGCUAUAAUGUCUCAACAGGAUAUUCUCGUUCAGGCGUUUAAGAACUUGGGGCACGAAAACAGUCCUCGAAUAAGUUAUUUUGAAGAAUUUAAGUCAAUAUUACAUGAUCAAGGGCAACUUAAUUUGAAAAUAAAAUCAUUCUUUUCGGUAGUGAGAUACAUUGUUUUAUUGACGGUUGCAAGUAAUUCAGCUUCUAUCAUACUCCUGACAUACCGGUUCAUUGUGAGAGAAUUAGUCAACUAUAGCAUAUACUGUUGCAACUGGACCCAGAUGGAUUUAAAAUUUAAGAAGUUGUUAUUAUUGGCAAUGCGGAUGAAUGAUGCUAAUAAUUGGGUGAUAAAAGCUACACCGAAAAAGAUUGUCAACCUUCAAAUAUUCGCUUGCAUAAUGUCGAUGUCAUACAACGUUGUUUCCGUUAUGGUGAAAAUAACCAAUACGAAAAACAACAUUUCAGAAUAGAUAUCAAGUGAAAACUGCAUUACGCCUGCACUGUGCACUUUAUUGAAUAAAAUAAUAUUUACUAUAGGUAUUGUACGGCUAAAGAAAAGUGAGCCGCCAUCAUUCAUCACGCACUUAUCGGCCGUUUUUCAUCAGAGUUAUACAUAGGCUAUACUGCUAUAGAUACUCUAAUUUAUUGUUUCCCUGCGUAAAAAUAAUUAUGUAGGUAGGUAUUAUACCUAAGAAAAAAAAUAAUGUGUUCUCAGAUGUUGACUCUAACUAGUGACUGUAGAUAUUUAAAAUGUGUGCGUGCUGAUCCUAUUUUGUAUAACAUGCACUACCAAUAUAUUAUGAUUUAAAAUUUGUGCAAUUCGUGAUUUAAAUAUUUGAUAUUCGGUGCAAUACUGUAAUG